AGCGGUGGGUUGCUUCCUGGCAACUUCCUUCCUAUCAGACAAUACGUUAAUUGAUUAUUAUUGAGCUGCCCUUACUAAUAAAUAGUAUUAUUUAAGGGAGCUAGCGGCUGUACUGUAACAUUCUCUUCCACAUCUCAUCUCAUUAUACAAUUCCCUAUUUUCCUCUCCCCAUCUCAUGAUCAGUGCGAACUAGAUUUAUGUAUGCUGCAACUUUAUUAUCUUUCUAAACCAUAUAUUCUUCUCUGAUCUGUGAUUUCUCUUCCUUUUCUUUUGGCUGAUCACUGCUUAAGCAAACCAGCUAGCACUUGAAGAACAUCUUGAAUCCAGAUGGAAGGAGUCCCACCGUCUUUUAAUGAGGAUGAUGUCAACUUGACAUCGAAUCAGUUCGAUUUUCAAUCACCAGAAGAUUCAUUCAAUAUUUCUGAGUUUCUCUCGUCGCCACCGGAGGUUCCAGGCAACCAAAGCUUCAUGUUAUGCAAUGAUCAUGCUGGUCAGAACAUGGUGGUGGAUAACAAUGUGAUCAACGAUAGUAUUCAACAAACAACUGAUCAGUUUCCACCUUCAUUUCCUCAAACCAUGACAACAAUGGGAGAUUUAGAUGGAACAUCAUCGUCAUGGAUCAACCAAAAUGAACCAAAUUGGCCUCAAGCUCCACCAAGGUAUCUGCCUAAUUUAUUUGAUCCUCAAUGUGCCAAUCAUUUGAGGGACCAACAAAGGACUAAUUAUCAGUUACCAAUGAGCAAUCAAGUGCCUGCGAUGCUACCUGGACCUCAACCUCCAAUGAAUCAAUGGCAUCAGAACUCUAUUAAUCAACCUCAGCCGGGACAUGACUAUAUGACACUGAACACAUCCACUUCACAACAUGGUGGCUUCAAUCAACAUGGACCUUCCUUUCCUCCUCCCUGGAUUCGAACUUUUUCUAAUGAAGGACAAGUACAUCAAGCUGCUGUAAUUCCUAACAUAGACAAUGUGCAACAAGAGAACUUCGUGCCUAGGUCACAGAUGGAUAACCUACAAGUCCGAGGAUUGCAAAAUCAAAUUGCUAGGCCAAAUGCCUCAAAUACUCAACAAGUCGAAACGGUUGGAUCAAAGUAUCCAUUUCGGAUUCAUGUUGAAUAUAGGGCUGAUGGUAGCAUGAAGUGUAAGUUUUGUCAACGUACAUGGGCCAAUAAAACUUCCAUUUCAAGGUUCAAAUGGCAUUUAUCAGGAGAGGAAGGGCGUGGUGUUGCCAUUUGUCGUGGGGUGACUAAAGAAGUUAAAGAAGCAGCCUUUCUAGCUAUAUGUGGUGGCCACAAAAGACAAAAAAUCACAGCAAGUUCAGUCAAUGUUAAUGACUGUGGAAUUCCAACAUGUCUACAAGAACUAAACAUUGAGAAUGAAAAUACGGGAGGGGGUGUUGGAAGGGUACAAAGAGAAGUUCAGGUUGUAGAACCCGGAGUGGUGGAAGAGAGGAUUUCUUCACAUGCAAUAGCAGGAAACGACGUAGGAAGCAUGACCGGAAUGAGAGCACAAGAAGAUAGGGUUUCCGAAGGGGCGCUCGAGAGCAGACUGAGGACAGAACCAGUGGAUCGAUCGUUGGAACAAAGCAAUGCAGUACUUGGCAAUGUGGCAGGGGGAGCUAGAAGGAUACAAGUGGGAGUUCAGGGCAUGGAACAAGAUCCAGGAGAAGAGAGAAUUCAGUCGCAUCUACAAGCGGAAAAUGGCAUGGAAAACACUGGUGAAGGAUCUUUUCAGCAUGAUGCAUUUGAGACUGUACCAAGAACAGAGAAAGUGCAGACUCUGGAGCCUGGAGGAGAUUCAUCCCAAUUUUGUCAUGGCAUUGGAAGAUGUUAUGAUCAACCUUGUGCUCCAUCAGUAAACAAUGAUGUAACUAGUCAUGAUGAGCAGCAUAUGGUUAGAGUGAUGACACAACCAGUGCAGGAAGAGGAGGAUGUGGAGAAUAGUGGAAGAUCAGUAGUGCAGGCUGGCGCAGGAGCUAGAUCUUCUGAAAGUCUGAAGUACAACAAGACUAGAGGAGUUCCAUUACCUACUAGCUCUACAAAGCCAGUGGGUCAAGCAUUUGAAGAGAACACGAAGGUGAUAUGGUCUUUGUUAAUGGAUGAUGAAGUCCCAACCAUUGGUAUUUAUGGGAUGGGGGGAGUUGGUAAAACAAUAAUACUGAAACAUAUCCAUAAUGAGCUUCUACAAAGACCAGAUAUUUAUGAUCAUGUUUGGUGGGUGACUGUGUCUCAAGAUUUCAACAUUAAUAGAUUGCAGAAUCUUAUUGCUACACAACUUCAUCUAAACCUUUCAAGAGAAGAUGAUGAUCUGCAUAGAGCUGCCAAAUUGUCAGAAGAACUAAAGAGAGAACAAAAAUGGAUUCUUAUUUUAGAUGAUUUGUGGAACAAUUUUGAGCUUGAGGAAGUGGGAAUUCCUGAGAAGUUGAAAGGAUGCAAGCUGAUUAUGACAACUCGAUCAAAAACAGUAUGUCAUCAGAUGGCUUGCCACCGCAAAAUCAAGGUGAAACCACUUUCUGAGGGAGAAGCUUGGACUUUGUUCAUGGAGAAACUUGGAUGUGGCAUAGCACUUUCACGAGAAGUGGAAGGAAUUGCGAAAGUUGUAGCAAAGGAAUGUGCUGGUUUGCCAUUGGGAAUUAUUACAAUGGCAGGAAGCUUGAGGGGAGUGGAUGACCUUCAUGAGUGGAGGAAUACAUUGAAGAAAUUGAGAGAAUCAGAAUUUAGGGACAUGGAUGAGAAGGUAUUCAAGUUAUUGAGGCUUAGUUAUGAUCGGUUAGGUAAUUUAGCACUACAACAAUGUCUCUUGUACUGUGCAUUAUUUCCUGAAGAUUAUAGAAUUAAGAGGAAGAGGUUGAUAGGUUAUUUGAUUGAUGAGGGAAUAAUUAAAAGGAGGAGCAGGGGAGAUGCAUUUGAUAAGGGCCACACGAUGCUUAAUAGACUUGAAAAUGUCUGUCUAUUGGAAAGUGCUAAAAUGAAUUAUGAUGAUAGUAGACGUGUCAAGAUGCAUGACAUGUAUUAUGAUGAUUGUAGACGUGUCAAGAUGCAUGACUUGAUUAGGGACAUGGCCAUCCAAAUACUGCUAGAGAACUCUCAAGGCAUGGUCAAAGCAGGUGCACAAUUAAAAGAGUUGCCAGAUGCAGAGGAGUGGACGGAGAAUCUGACGAUGGUUUCACUAAUGAGAAACGAGAUCGAAGAAAUUCCUUCCAGCUAUUCACCUAGGUGUCCCUAUCUAUCAACUCUAUUUCUAUGUGAUAAUGAAGGGUUGGGAUUUAUUGCGGAUUCAUUUUUCAAGCAAUUGCAUGGGCUCAAGGUCCUCGAUCUGUCUCGCACAGGUAUUGAAAAUUUGCCAGACUCUGUCUCUGAUUUGGUGAGUCUCACUGCAUUAUUGCUCAAUGAUUGUACGAGAUUAAGACAUGUUCCAUCAUUAAAGAAGCUCAGGGAACUAAAGAGGUUGGAUCUCUGUGGCACUGCACUUGAAAAGAUGCCGCAAGGAAUGGAAUGCCUAACCAACCUGAGGUAUCUUAGAAUGAAUGGAUGUGGUGAAAAGGAGUUUCCUAGUGGGAUAUUACCAAAACUCUCUCACCUGCAAGUCUUUGUACUAGAACAGUUUACGGCGCGAGGUGAUGGUCCAAUAACAGUUAAAGGAAAGGAAGUAGGAUCCUUGAGAAAUUUGGAAAGUCUGGAGUGCCAUUUCAAAGGUUUCUCUGACUUCGUGGAGUAUCUCAGAUCUUGGGAUGGGAUCCUAUCAUUAAGCACAUACAGAAUUUUAGUAGGAAUGGUGGAUGAAGAUUAUUCGGCAUACAUUGAAGGUUAUCCGGCAUACAUUGAAGAUUAUCCAAGUAAAACAGUUGCGUUGGGUAAUUUGAGUUUCAAUGGAGAUAGAGAUUUUCAGGUCAAGUUCUUAAAAGGCAUUCAAGGACUGAUUUGUCAAUGCUUCGAUGCAAGAAGUUUAUGCGAUGUUUUGUCAUUAGAGAAUGCAACUGAACUGGAGCGUAUCAGAAUUGAGGAUUGCAAUAACAUGGAGAGCUUGGUUUCAUCUUCUUGGUUCUGCUAUGCUCCACCACCAUUGCCAUCAUAUAAUGGUACGUUUUCUGGUCUUAAAGAGUUUAAUUGUUGUGGAUGUAACAAUAUGAAGAAGUUGUUUCCACUUGUGUUGCUGCCAAACCUCGUAAACCUGGCAAGGAUUGAUGUUAGUUAUUGUGAGAAAAUGGAGGAGAUAAUAGGAACAACAGAUGAAGAAAGCAGCACCUCCAAUCCCAUCACAGAAUUAAUACUCCCAAAGUUAAGAACUCUGAAUUUGUGUCAUUUACCAGAAUUGAAAAGCAUUUAUAGUGCAAAACUUAUUUGCAAUUCUCUUAAAGAUAUUAGGGUAUUGCGUUGUGAGAAGCUGAAGAGGAUGCCAAUUUGUCUUCCGUUGCUUGAAAAUGGCCAGCCAUCCCCUCCCCUUUCUCUUGGAGAAAUCGUAGUAUAUCCGGAAGAAUGGUGGGAGACAGUAGUGGAGUGGGAGCAUCCUAAUGCUAAGGAUGUCCUUCGUCCCUUUGUGAAGUUUUUGUAGGAGGAGACUCCUCUGCUGCCCUUAAUAUAAUAUAAUAUAAUAUAGAACAGAGGGUAAGCAUCAUCUCUCUCAAUCGAAUUGUACCUUUCGUAUUGUUAAUCCUUUCGUUGUUAGAAUACUUCUUUGUUGCAUCAUUUAUCAUUUCUAUCCUAAUGCAAAGGAUGCCCAAAGGACCUUUUUGUCUCGAAAUAAUUAAUAUGUAGAAUGGUUAAUUACUCCGUUAAAUGUAAUAAUACGUAUCCUUCUUUGUUGCAUCAUUUAUCAAUUCUAUCCAUCUGUAAAAAUACUAAUCAUUUUUGUAAUCUUAAAUUUGCUCGUAUUCAAUAAUAUAUCAUUUUUUUCA